UGCAGAAGAAUGCCAUCCAGUCCAGGCGUAGCUACAGAGCAGAGAUGGAGAAUGGAGUUGGAGUUUUGGGAAGAGGGGGAUUAUCUCAAACUGCGGUUUUUGAGCAUGAGUAACAGGGUGGAAUGUUAACGCACUUCUCAGGACAAUAGGAAGGAACGUGCUUGUAGAGUCCAGCGGCGGAGGUUUUUUUUUUUUUUUUUUUUUUAAGUUGCUCCAGGGUGUUUAGUUAAAGAAAAAACAAAACAGCGGUUUAAGGAUGCACCGCGCCUUCUCGUUUGCGAUGGCGGCGGAACGGAGCCGGUAUAAGGAGAGACUGGAGGCAACUCUGGCCGGUUUGUGUGAGUUGGAGAUGCUGAAACAGCGGCAGGAGAGUCUCGUGCUCAGCGCGCUCAGUCUCGGAGACCCAGGCCCGGGCUGUGCACGCGCAGCGUGGCCACUAAUCCGACACUGCUUCCCUAGUUCCGCAAACCUGGAGCAGGAACAGCCGGGAUCAGCAGAACAGCAGGGUUUGAUGGCAGUUCUUCAACAGCAGGUAGGAGAACUGAGGGUGGAUACAGAGACCAGAUCAGUGGAGCACCUCACAGAUGCAGGAGAUAUCGGACCAAGUUCAGGUUUCUGUGAGCAGAGAGAGAGUCAGUCUUCUCUGGACUCGGGUGACCUCUCUUCCAGGACCUCAUUUCCAAUCCAAUCACCUAGUUCCAGUGAGAGAAUUAAAUCUGCUGGAGAUAUGUUUGUGACCAGUCGUGAUGGACUGCAGGACUCUGGGGGCUCUGCAGGACGAUCUCCGGUUCCACGCUCGCUCUCAGUCCCCCAGCCGCCUCUGAUGGGUCUAUUAAAGAGAGGUGGAGAGGGGGAGCGCUGGCUCUGGGCUGAAAGUAAUGGAGCAGGAGAUGAUGAGCCCACUUCUGAGGACUACCAACAGUCUCAGCAUGUGGAGACUUACAUCCUGGGUCUGAUCCAGCGUCGUCUUCUCGCCACAAGGCAGUGCAAGCCCCGUACCAACAUGAGCCCUGAGGCCAGAGGAGUUAUGAGGCAAAGUAGUCUUUGCCGCAAGGAACCUGUCUUCAUUCCUGAUCACUGCAAGAUUUCUUCAAGCCCUGACAGACCAACGUGGGCCUCAUACAGCCUUGAAGAGGAGCAGCUAGGGGGCUUUUCCCCUGGAGAGCAACUCCCUGCUCACUAUACAAGGCUUGAGGAGCAGAUCCCUGCUCAUUUCUCAAGACCUGAGGAGCAGCAUACCACUCAUUAUUCCAGGCCUGAGGAGAAGCUGUCUACACAAUAUCCCAGGCCUGCACUGUCAGGAAAUCACUCCACAUCUCUGGAUUUCCCCUCUGGAGAUUUGGAUCCCAGCAGUAGUGAAGCAGACUCACCCCACCACUACCAGCUCCCACACUCACCCUCUUCAGAAGAGCAUUUGGUCAAUGCACAGUACAUCCCAGCACAGCCAUGCCAGGCACCCAUGAGAGCCAAAACAUCUCGUGCCCAUGCUGCCCCCAAAGCCGGCCGUGUUGGUGGUGCCUACUCCCCUGAAAGACCACAGCCCAAGCCACGGGCCAUGCCCAAGAAGUGCCGCUUUAGUGAAGAAAGGACAGCUCCCAAGAAACCUGGACGAAAAGCCUGUCGCUCGCAGUCAGAGAACAGCCUGCUGGGACAGAAGGGUGUCCCUGAGCGAAAGUACAGCACGGUGGAGCGGGACACAGGCCGCGCUAACCAGUCCAAAUCCCGUCGCCAGCAGGGCAGCUUUGGGCACCGCCGCUGGCGCUCCACACUAGAGCUCAGCCAGGACGAAGCUGAUCCCACACCAGAGCGAGAGGUCAGACGUACCCGUAGGUCUAGACCUGCUGCACCAACCUAUGUAUACAAUCAGACUCCUCAGCAUCUUCAUCCACAUCAUCCACACCAAUUUCCUCAUCCUCACCUUCACUCAGACUACCCACAGCACACCUCAGUGUGCCGUCCAGAGGGAGGCUACAAGCACUCAGGCCUGGGAGAGUGGGAAUCCAGUAUGAGUGAAGGGGAGUCCCCUGGAUCAAGUUCCAUGUCCAGUGACUCUGAUGAGAGUGGAGGACUGGUGUGGCCUCAGCAACUUGCCCCACCGUUGGCUCCUCCUUCACCCCCCACUCCUUCUGGGGCACCACUGCAGUCCAAAGCCUUGGUAAAGAUCAAAGCCUCACAUGCUCUCAAGAAGAAGAUCCUUCGCUUUAGAACUGGUUCCCUCAAAGUCAUGACCACCGUUUGAGCUACUGGGUUAAGCAUCCAUGGAGGUCUUUUCUCUUCACUGUUUUGGGAUAUCCUGAGACAGAGCAGAAAGGUCUAAGCUACCUGCCUCAGAUUAUAGUGAAUCUGAGCCUAAAACCACCAUGUACAUAUAUGUGUAUGUGAUAAAGGUGUUUGUAUUUAUGAUUGUACUCUGUAAAUAAAAAAUCUGGGCCCAUGUAGAUGGGGCCAUGUAGCCUUUAAGAUGUU